GGUAUUUUGUGAAUUGUAUGCUCCCCGUCCCUUUCCUAAAUGUCUAGUCGGCUUUUUAAACGCACACCCCAGCCAGUCCACUUUUCAUCAGCCGGGACGCUUGUGCACCCUCGGUAGGAUAUUUAUCAGCCCACUCCGGAGCGAUGCUUUACUUCGCUAAACUGCACAGCACGGCGCUGCCAGCGUGUUUCAGCUCUUAAAAGAAGGUGUCGAAAAUGCAGCAGUAUCUCACGACCGGUACAGGUCAUGGGACCGUACCCCAAGCUUGACCCCCCAUCUUUAGAGGUCAAAACGUAAAUUACAGCAUUAGCUCCACCAUGGUGUAUGGACAGGUCCUCCACAGGUUUGGGGUGCAGGGUAAACUAAUUAAUCUGAACGUGGGGGGUUUCAGGCAUAUGAUGGAGCACGACACACUCCUCCGCUUCCCACACACACGACUGGGUCGUCUGCUGGACUGCCGGUCUGAAAAAGCCAUCCUGGAGCUCUGUGAUGACUACUGCCCCACAAACCAGGAGUUCUACUUUGACAGGAACCCUCGUGUCUUCCACUGUGUCCUCAACUUCUACCAUACGGGCCAGAUCCACAUGAUGGAGGAGUUCUGUGUGUUCUCUUUUAGCCAGGAGAUUGAAUAUUGGGGUAUUGAAGAACUCUACAUAGGUCCCUGUUGCAGUAUUCAGUACCAGGAACGCAAGGAGUAUAUUGAGGACAGGGACUGGGACAUAAGAAGUGAUGAGCAGCAGCCCAGCUUUGAUUCCUCCUUUGAGGAGCUGUCUGCCAUGGACAAGGAUCUGGAAAGGUUUGAGGGCACAUGGUGCUCAAACUUCCGGCGCCAAAUCUGGCUUCGACUGGAGGACCCUGGGCAUUCAGUCUCUGCAAAAGUAAUCAUGGUGGCCUCGCUUAGUGUCGUGCUGACAUCAAUUGCCGCCAUGUGUGUUCACAGCAUGCCCGAGUUCCAGCGCCUAGAUUCUAACAAUAGGCCAGUCGAAGACCCGACUCUGGCCGUCCUUGAGAUCGCCUGUGUGGUCUGCUUCUCUGCUGAGUUUUGUAUAAGACUUGCUGUUACCCCAUGCUUGAGAAAGUUCCUGGGAAAUCCCCUGAAUGUUAUUGACUUUGCCUCAAUUUUACCAUUCUAUGCAACGCUGGCAUUUGAGAUGGCGGGCAACGGGAAUGAGGAGGAGAAUGAGAACCUGGAGAAUGUUGGCAAGGUGGUGCAAGUGCUGCGACUGAUGAGGGUCUUCCGCAUCUUGAAGCUGGCCCGUCACUCUGUGGGCCUACGUGCCCUGGGGGCCACCGUGAGACAUAGCUACCAUGAGGUUGGACUUCUUCUUCUCUUCCUUUCUGUUGGGGUUUCCAUCUUCUCUGUACUUAUCUAUUCAGUGGAGAGGGAGGAGGACAAGUCAGAGCUGGGCACUAUUCCUGUAGCCUGGUGGUGGGCUACCAUCACCAUGACAACUGUGGGCUAUGGUGAUGCGUGCCCAGUGACGCCAGCAGGGAAACUGGUUGCCUCCCUGUGCAUCAUCUGUGGGCUGCUUGUGGUGGCUCUGCCAAUCACCAUCAUAUUCAACAAGUUCUCUAAAUACUACCAAAGGAGCAAAGUCAUGGAUGUUGAGCCUUGUGGAAAUAGUGCUGUUGCCCAAGAUCCUAAAUUUCAAUACUGUAAUAUUGGUGACCCAUUUGCUCAGAAGAUGCACUCUUUCUUUGGAACUUUCCCCUCAGUGGGCAUUGAGGGUUCUAUGGUAGAUGAUACCGAUGCACUAAGUAUCCCAGAAUCUGAAGUGGCGUUUGGACCAGUCAUGCUUCAAAAUGGGGAUAUCAAGUAAAAAUGUCUUCCUCUAAUGUGAUUUCAAGUUAAAGUUAUGGGCCAUCAACAUUUAAGGUCAGAACUGGGACUGUUUGCGUCACUUCGCAGUAAUAAACACAAUAAUAAUAUUAACAGCACUAGCAGAACAACACUGCACCAAACAGUGCAUAACUCUGGAAGAAAGCUGUUUAAAUCAGCCUGAAACUACAAUUUGGUUCAGGAUUUGUCAAGAAAAUUGUAAACAUUUACAACUGCAUCCAACUGAGCCGUGAAAUAAAUGCAACAAUAAUAUGCAAAUGUGUGGUCUGAACCAGGAGCAGGUAGAAUUGUGCUUAAACUGAGCUGUGCAUUUUGGUCACUUUCUAAGAUUUGUUACAAGAUAUUUGUUCCAGAGGUACAUAAAAUGCUGUAAUAAAACAUAGCCAUUGUAUUUAUGCUUUACACCAAAAACACAUAUUAUGCAAAAAUACAAGAAAUAUAUUAUUGUAUAUUAAUAUAUUAUUUUCCAUACCCGUAAGUAAGCAU